CCCAGCCCAAGUUGAAUCGAGUCCAAGCGCUGCCACGGAACUGCAAGGCCCGACGACGUCUCUUGUGACGUGAUCACCAAAGCGCCAACGGACGCGUUCCCCUGUCAGAAUUUCCAGCCCUGGGUCUUCAAAUACACAAAACUCACCGCCAGAACUGCGCGCAUCUCCUUCGCCUGCGCAAGUAUACGGAUAGAGUUGCGCUACUGCGAGCGUCUGCCCGAGAAUCUGGAUUGAGAAAGAGUAGGGGAGAGCUUGACUGCACGGCACGGGACCAUGGCUUGGUACGAUGAGGAUAGCUGGCUGACCCAGGCGCUGUCGCCGAAGCUAUCGACUAUUGUGAUUACCCUGGCGAUUGCUAUCUUCCUGCCUAUUCUGCUGCAUUCGUUCCUGUACAGGAAGGCCGCCAGCGCGACAGGGCUGCCCACGUUCUUGCUCGUGGGGCCAAGUGGUGGGGGAAAGACUGCGUUCACUACUCUGACCGAGCGCGGCACCGUUCCCACAACCCACCCCUCCACCACCCCUCUCUCCAUCGAAGCCCUCCUCCCAGACCCUCACGUCCCCGCCUCCUCGCACUACCGCUCCCCAGGCGACCCAGCCUUCGAGCGCUCGCGCCGCUUUAUCAUUCUCGACACGCCCGGCCACGGCAAGCUGCGUAAUUACGCUACCUCCACGCUCGCCGACCCCGGGAAUGUCCGCGGCAUCAUCUUCGUCGUCGACGCCGCUGCCAUUGACGAGGAGGCCGGACUUAACGAAGCCGCAGAGUAUUUGCACGAUGUGCUGCUGAGUCUACAGAAGAGGUACACCAAUGCAACGACGAGUAAGGGGCCGAAGGAGAUCCCCGUGCUAAUUGCGGCGAAUAAGAUGGAUUUGUUUACUGCGUUGCCGGCGAGCUCGGUGAAGACUAAGCUUGAGAAGGCUAUUAGUGAGGUUAGGAAUAACAGGGCUAAGGCGCUGAGGGAUGCUGGUGCUGCGCUGAGUGGUGGUGAUGAAGUGGAUGAGGAGAAGGAGUGGCUUGGUGAGGGUGGUGAGGGCAGUUUUGAGUUUGAUGAGAUGAGGGAGAUUGGUACGGCGGUCGAUAUUGUCGGUGGCAAUGUCUGUCAGGGCAAGAAUUCCGGUGAUGUUGCGGGCUGGUGGUCGUGGAUUGGUGAGCACUUGUAAGUGCAGAAGAGAAGCGCAAGCUCAGGAGGCGGCAUAUGUGUUAUAGGAAAAGUCGAUACCCAAUCUCGAUACUAGGCUAGACUGUAGGUGACCUAUUUACUUGUAGUCAUCGGUCCAUCAAUGUGUACAUUGCAC